AUGGGUCGGCUCGACCGGAGUAAUACCACGGCCUCACAGAAAACCGGCGUGAAACCACCACAGCGUCGUGUUUCGCCGUGCAUAGUCAACCGAGGAGACUCGUUCAGACGCCGCAGAUCAAGAUCGGGGAGUUUAGCACCCUCUUCACCUGCACAGUCUGCGCCUGAGUCGCAGGAACGAAAGCCAGUAGCGUGUCACCGUGUCGCCAUGGUCGGAGCCCCAGGAGUCGGCAAGACAGCCCUCAUCAGCCAGUUCCAGACCAGCGAAUGUAUAAAUGCUUACGAUAGACAAAGAGAUCUGGAUAGCACAGAGCAAAAGGUGUCUAUAAUGCUGAAUGGCGAAGAAUCUGAACUGUACUUCGUUAACUGCACCACAACAAAGGAGGAAAUCGAACGCUCGGAGCCACCUGAUGCCUUCGUGGUCAUCUACUCAGUGGUGGACAAAGCUUCCUUCCAGAAAGCUGAACAGGAACUUGCCAGGCUCCUAGACUGUGACAUGCUUCGAGCACGACCAGCCAUUUUAGUGGCUAACAAGAUCGACUUGGCUAGAAGUCGAGCCGUUUCUACACAAGCAGGCCCCGAGCGUACGGCGCCUGGCGUUCCGCGCGCGCCUCAAAGAACCAAUAGACCACCACAGACGGGGCCCUAUAGGGCUGAUGUUCAGCCGGCGUUGCGGGACGGCAAAUGCAUGGCGUGCACCUACAAAGCGAAGUUCAUAGAAGUCUCAGUCGGGAUCAACCACAACGUAGACGAGCUUCUCGUCGGUAUCCUCAACCAGAUCCGGCUAAAAAAGCAGCAGUACACGGCUGAAGGUGGCAGGGAAUCCUCGCCCGCUCAUUGGUACAAAUCCCGAGGAGUUGUUCGAGCCAGUAUGAAAGCCAGGCAAAUGUUCACCUGGAUUUUCGGUAAGGAAGAUUCCAAAUUCAAGAACUGUGAAAAUCUUCAUGUCCUGUUAAGCGAAAUGAGUCACCGCGGCCUCGGCCUAGAGCAGGAAGAGGAACAAGGGGGAAUUAAAAUAACAAUCAUAAUCAUGGAUACAACAUCAGUAACAAAUCAGAAAAAGAGUAGAUCGGUGGUAGUCAACCUUAAGGGUCAAGCAUCGAGUGCAAGGUCCACCAAUUUUCCUGUGGGUGCGGGGAAAUCGUCGAUACUGAGUCGAAUGAAGGUUCGCAAGCAAUCCUUUGGGUUCGGUGGAAUUACUGGAAUAAGAUCUACUGAGCGAAGGACCUCUCAGCUCGGAUCGGAAUACAAAAGGCCUCCACUGGUUUAUCUGAAUACAUACCAGCUGGAACCUAAGACGACAUUUCGUGUUCCCGACGUAGAGGCCGCCAUAAAUGGUGUAUUAGAUGCUUAUUGGGAGGGCCAUGUUUAUAAUGUUACGGAAUCUCCAGGACUCACGAUGGUCAUAGCUGGUGAAGUUAUGAGAAAUGUGAAGAGUUUAUGCUUCGAUCGCUAUCGGAUCAUUGCCGUAGUGUCACUGGUACAGAAGAGGUCUCAAUCAUACAACAACGCUGUGGCCUUUCUUUGGGAUCAUGAGAGAGAUGGCAUAGCAGACAUUCUAAGGGAAACCACUACAGCUUUCAUACAAGUCACUGUCUUUGGAGUAUACCUUGACUAA